AUGGUCACGAAAGCCUGCGAGAUCGCGCCGGCCGCGUACGCCGAAGGCAGCACGAGCAACGUGCAAAAGGAAGACGACCUGACCUACGACUUGGGCAACUUGGCGGCUUUCGACACGCAUCCGUUUGCGUAUGAGAACGAACAGGCGCUGGCGCAGCACGCGCGCGAGAAUGUGCAGCUGCUGGUGAACCACAUCUUUGAGCUGCCCCGGGAGAUGUCGGACAUGGGGCCGCUCGCGCUGCUUCCGGCGCCCGAGACAGUGCUCCCGCGCGAGAAGCCGCUGCCGAAGCCCAAGGUCGAGACCAAGUGGGAGAAGUUUGCCAAGGAGAAGGGCAUUGACAAGAGCAAAAAGAGUCGCAAGGUGCUGGACGAGAAGACUGGCGAGUGGGGCCAUGCGUGGGGGUACCAGCGUGCAGGCGACGACAUGCAGGACUGGGCAGUCGAGACGAAGGCGGGCGACCUGGACGACCCGUGGACGAAGCGCAAGCAGGAGAAACGCGCUCGCGUGGACAAGAACUUGCGCGCCCAGGCGAACAACCGCAAGCAGGGACGGGGGAAGCAGCUUGUGGGUAUUGCGGGUCGAACGCCUACGGGCAUUCCGGUCGAGUUGAUGGACACGGCCGACACGAAGGCCAAGCAGCGCGGGAAAGAGGGCACGAACAGGACGUUGGAAAAGGUGCAGUUUGCAACGGCGUCCAUGGGCAAGUUUGACAAGAUGCGGACCGGGGAGUCGGAGCGCAAGGUCAAGGGCAAGCGCAACCACUUUCUGCCAACGACGGGCGCCGAAGCCACCGAGAAGGAGCGCAGUCUGAACGCUCUGAAGCGAGUGCUGGGACGCGAGGAGAACGCGGGCAAGAACAAGGGCAAGACGUUCGACGACGACAACGAAGGCGAAGAAGGGGCCAAGCGCAAGAAGAAGGGCAAGAAGCUCAAGAACAUCACAAAGGGAGCGGCGAAAAAGCGACGGACCAAGUAG